AUGACGCUUCAGAUGCGGCUGCGCCGUGGCUGGGAGACCGACCGGAGCUGGAGCCCGCUUGGGGAGUGAAGAUGAAUGGGCCCUCGGUUAGCGUUAACGGGGCUCUUGUACAGGACAGCUGGGACACUGAACCUGUCUGGGAGCGGCCAUGGACACUUGAAGAAAUCCAUAAAGCCAGUGGGAGCUGGUCCCUUGGUGCAGAUGCUGGGUUGCUUCUGUUUCUGCAAGAUUUUUCUCAGCGGAUGUUGUCCCGCACGCAUGAGAUUGAGAAACAGCUCGAUGGCUUGAUCCAGCACACAAAGGCCACAGAUUCCCGCCUGCACAAUGUUUUCAACGAUUUCCUGAUGCUGUCAAACAUUCAGUUCAUUGAAAAUAGAGUGUAUGAUGAAGAAGUGGAAGAAGCAGCUAAACCAGAGAGCGGAGGGAAACCAGUUGAGCCGGAGAGAACACGAGAGCAAAAGGAGGCAGAGUUGAUCCCCAAGGUCCAAGAAGCUGUGCGCCACGGUCUGAGUGUGCUGGACUCUGCCUUCGAGCAAUUGGAUAUAAAAGCUGGAAACUCAGACUCUGAGGAUGAAGAAACGAAUGAGCGAGUUGAACAUCUAUUGGAACCCAAGGACCUAUACAUUGACAGGCCAUUGCCGUACAUCAUUGGCUCACAGCAAUUUAUGGAGGAAGAGGAUGUCGGCUUAGGUGAUCUCUCCAGUGAAGAGUCUGUGGACAGUGAACAUGGCAGUGUUAUUGAAAGUGAGGAGGAAAAAGAGGAGUCUGGGGUUGAUUCUGCAGAAGAAAGCGAAGAGGAUGAGCACAAACUGUCAAAGUCAGUCCAAAAACAGCGGCAGAUCAGUGAGGAUGAAGAUGAUGAUUCUGACCUAUUUCAUGAGUCUGAAAAGGAAGAGGAUGAAGAUUUGACGAUCACGAAAAAGUUGGGACAGACUUCCUUUGCAGAAGAAUUAGCUGCACGAAUUCAAGGAGAAAACACAGAGAAACAGCGUGAACAGAGCACAUCUUUGAUCUCGGGGGUUUCAGCACGGAGCAGUCGAGUAAAGCCAAAGACAGAAGCUGAAAAAGCUAAAGGUCAAGAUGAAGAGAACUUAUUCACUUCUCAGCUUGCUGAUGAAGAUGAUGAUUUCUCUCCGUUUCGCAGCAAAAGUGGCCUGUUCAGUGGAGGGAGAGGUCUCUUUGAUGAUGAGGGAGACCUUUUUGCUGAGGCACCACAAGAGGAACUCAAGAAGGGGAAGGAAGUCAAACCAGCUAUUUUUGAUGAACCUGCUGCAAGAAAAUCUGGGAAAACAGUACCAGUUGGAGCAGUUUCUAUUUAUCCGGGUGGAGAUUUAUUUGCUGCCAGUGUGAUUUCUGAGAGGGCACACAGCAAGAAAGCAAAACAAAAGCCAGUAGGCACUGGAGGGCUGUUUGAUGACGAGGAAGAUGAUUUAUUUGGAUCAACUGUGGAAACCUCGGGAGCCGCUAAAGCUGAAAGCAGGCUGGCCACGAGUCUCUUUGAUGACAGUGAGGACAGUGGGCUCUUUGAAACAAGUGUAACGCCAAAACCAGUCAAAGGGAAAUCGGGACCGCAGCAGAAUGCACAGCUGCACUCUGAAGUAGUGGAAUCUUCUCCCCAGCUUGGUGAAAAGUCCCAGACCAGCUCUGGUCUUUUCUCUGAUGAUGACGACUCUCAGGAUUUAUUCUCUGCAAACAAGGACACAAAAAGACUCCAGUCAAAGCAAUCCUUAGGUCAGAAUGCAUCCAAUCAGAAUCCAAUCUCGUUCUUCGAUGAUGAUGAGGGUGAUCUCUUCAGUUCCGCUCCAAUGAAGGACGUUUCUGCAACAAAGAAAUCGCAGCAACUGCAUGAGCCUAAAGCUGCAACCACAGGAUCAAAAUCUACUGCAUUGUUUGACAGUGAUGAUAAGGAUGAAUGGCAAAGUUUGGGACAACAGACGUCUUUGGCUUCACAGCCUGUGGGUGGGAGGAAACAGGAGGUGCCCAAGGCUGCUGCAACCUCAAGAGCACUGAAGAAGACCAGUCUGUUUGAUGACUAUACUGAAGAAGAUGACUUAUUUGGUGUGACUCAGAAGGAAAGUCAGAAGAAAUCCCAGAAAGUGUCCCUUUUGUUUGAAGAUGAUGAUGAAGGUGAUUUGUUUGCAUCUAAGCCAGCAGCUAACAAACCUGCUCCUUCUCAGAAGCCUUCUCCUCCCCCGGGUUCAUCUCUCUUUAGCGAAGUUGAGGGCAGUCACUCUGUUGCAGAGUUUGAUGGGAAGAGACAAGUGGAACAGGGAGCUGGUGUUAAACCAGUGUCAUUGGGAGCGGCACACCUAUUGGCUGGGAUCGAUGUUCUUGAACAACAAAGUGAUACAAAAGUGCUGGACUCUGAUACUGUUGUUUCCCAGGAGUGUGAUGAUCCAGCCAGACAGAGUGUUGCUGGUUUGCUGGGUGAAUUGCAUAGCAAUCUAAACUCUGUUGUGAGCCUGUUUGAUGGAGAGGAAGAUGACGACAAUCUGGAGGACGUGCUCAACCAGUGUAGCCCCAUUAAAAAUGAAAAGCUUACUGAGGCUAGUGUUAGCACCAGAGUGUUCCAGGAUGAGGAGUUGCUAUUCAGUCAACAACAACAGAAGGACAAUGACCCUGAUGUCGACCUCUUUGCUGACACUCUAAAGCCAGAGGUUAAAAAGCUGGAGAAAAAGCCUCCUGUUAGCCCUCCACCCACAGCACAGGCAGGGCGCCCAGACCUUCCAAGCUGUGAUCUUCUCGACGAAACCGACAACCUGUUCAGCACCUCAAAGCCACGGUCUGAAAAAACACCUUCAGCCAAAGGAGAUAUUUUUGAAGACAGUGUAGAUGAGGAUCUCUUCAGGACUGUUCCGAAGAAACCAUCUGUGCCACAAACGAAGCCAAAGUUUAGGGGAACAGGGAUGUUUUCGGGUGCCUCCACCAAAACCAGUGAGCAUCCUAAGGAAGCGUGUGACGAAUUUCUGAAAAAACAGAGACCAGGGGAGAAGGAACGACUCACCAACACAGGUCCCAUUAAAACAAAGGGGCCUUCCUCUCGGAUUGGAAAACUCCAAGCAAACCUGGCAAUUAACCCAGCCAGCCUCCUUCCUGGAGCUUUACCUAAGGUCGCUGUUGUUCCAUCAGCAACUCCAUCUUCUCCACCGGAUUCCUCUUUGAGAGAAACCACACCAUCAGCAUCAGGACCGGUUGCAGGCGAGAGCAUCACUGCAAGUUUUGAUCAACCAAUACAAGUGGAUGUUUUGCCCAGUGUUAAUAAAAGCCGUGCAAGAGUCGGGCAGAAACGUCGACCUCCAACUAGGGUGGCACGGAGACUGGCAGCUCAGCAGUUUGACAAGAGAGAAGAUUUGGAUCAGAGAACUGAAGUUGAUGGCGUUCUUUCAGAAGCAAGUGGUAUUGCAGACAUUUCACCGGUAGUCACCGUUCAAAAACCACAUUUGGACAAGACACCGACCUCACUGCAGCCUGGUAAUGACGCCAGCCCUUCCUCUGCCAACUCCACAAAACUGCCAGUAUGCUCCUCAAGAGAUCUUUUUGAUUCAAAUGAUCUGUUCAAACCAAAGGUGACACAGGAGCCAACUCCAGCAGUCAGGCCACUGGAGGACCUGUUACCCACAGAGGACCCUGUUCAAUCAAUCUUCGCACCCAGCGAGGAUGACCUUUUUCAAUCCAGUAAAAGGACUGUGAAGAAACCCAAACCAGUGGCAUUUCUUCAAGAGGAUGAAGAUGAUCUUUUUGGUACACCAAAAUUGGGGAAAACUAUGCUCUCGGGAGCACAGAAGAAUUCAAAAACGCUAGAUAUCUUUGAGGAUGAUUUGUUUUCCACGGAGUCUGUGACUUUGACCAAGAAAAGUAAUGAGGGGAGUGCAAAUAUCGAUCUCUUCAGUGAUCACGUAGACAUAUUCGCUGACUUAAAAGUUGCCCCAAAGGAGAAGAAGAGCCGGAAGAAAGUAGAAACAAAGUCUAUAUUUGAUGAUGACAUGGAUGACAUUUUCGCUUCUGCCACGCCCUCAUCCAAUAGCAAGAAUCAAUCCAAAUCCAAGAGCAGUUCGAAGCAGGCUGCAGUUCCUGUCAGUAUACCAGAUAGCAAAACUGUGGACAUUUUUGAUGACCCGCUGAAUGCUUUUGGACCAUGAGAUUUGGUGGUGAACAUCAUUCAUAAAAUUAUGAGAAGGAGAAAGAGAAUUUUAAUUUUACUAUUUGGCACGGAAAGUAUUGAGUUGCACUAAAUGGAGAAAUAAUUUGCCAGAAUGACACUGUGUUGACACCAUUGACAAGCUUGUUUUUUUAAUUCAUAGGCAAUACUCACUGCUGAUGUGGACUUUGGUGCUAGUCUUGGUGAACAAUGAUGGCUACCUUUAAUUUGAAGAUUUGAUAGUGUGCUUACGGUAGUUCUGAAUUCUUCACAUUAAUUUGCCUUGUGCACUUGGACCUGUCAUGAGCAUUUUUCUCUGUCUCCACUGUAUAAUGGUUCCUAAGUCGUUAAAUCGUGGUAUCCUUUAACCAAGCUCUAACCAUUCUCAAUUUUUAUAAUAGUGCAUUUUUUUCUUGAAUCCAUUUGACCAUGGAAAGUUUUUUAAUUUGAGCUUUAAACACUUCAUCUCAUAGAGCUAGGCAUUGGACUUGUUACAUUUCAAAUGAUCUUUGCUGAAUUAUUUUUAAUUCACCUGUAUAGUUUUGAGCUAUCAGAUUUAAGAUUGACUUUGUGAACUGUGUUCCAUUUUUCUAGAAUGGAAAUGUCAAUUAAGUGUAAGAUAAUGUAAAUACUUCUAAAGUGAAAGAUAUGUUUCAUUUAAUACAUUUUGUUGCAAGCUUACAAAGGCUAAUGGAUAACAAAUGUUAUAAAAUUGACAAAGAUCAUUGUGUUGAGUACAGUAAAUUGCUGUUUUCUGUUUACUUCACGCUGAUGUCUUCAGUUAUUUGUUCUGUUUUGAAUUAAAAUUGCUGGAAAAUAAAUUGCACAGUGAACGAAGCUUUGUAAUAAAUACAUUGUUGUUCAUCA